AGUCGGAAUAGUUCUUAUGCGGAAGUUAGCAAGACGGAAUUAAUUCGCGACGGACAACAACAAUCAUAUCGCAACUGAACGAAUCAACUUACAUAUUUAGCAAGUUAAACACACGGGAGCAACACACACAAUAUCAUACAAUUCUGUGAAGGAUUAGUCUAGACAGAUAGAUGUCUGAUGUACCAGAAGCGUCUAACAGAGAAGAGGUCGAGGACAACACCCCCGAACCAGAGGAGCAGUCAGACGAUAGCAGUGACGACGGCGAGGCAUCAGGGGACACAGAGAUGGAUUUCCUGCGCAAUCUUUUCUCUAAAACCUUGGGCAUAUCUGGAGAGAAGGUUUUGGAUGAGCUGACUCUUGAGGGGGUGGCCAGUUACAUGCAGAGUGGCAAAUGCAAAAACAUCAUCUGUAUGGUGGGGGCAGGGAUCUCUACAUCGGCUGGGAUCCCUGACUUCCGCUCCCCAGACACGGGGCUCUAUGCCAACCUGCAGAAGUACAACCUGCCCUACCCUGAGGCCAUCUUCCAGAUAGACUACUUUAAGAAACACCCUGAGCCCUUCUUUGCCCUGGCCAGGGAGCUGUACCCAGGACAGUUUAAGCCCACAGUAUGUCACUACUUCAUCAAGUUGCUGAAGGACAAGGGGCUACUCAAACGCUGCUACUCACAGAAUAUUGACACCCUGGAACGUGUAGCAGGACUGGAGGGAGAGGACCUGAUUGAAGCCCAUGGCACCUUCUACACCUCACACUGUGUCAACUAUAUGUGCUGCAAAGAGUACGACUUGGACUGGAUGAAAGAGAAAAUCUUCUCUGAUGACAUCCCCAAAUGUGACAAGUGCAGCAAUCUGGUUAAACCAGAUAUUGUUUUCUUUGGUGAGAAUCUACCGAAGAGGUUCUUCACCUCAAUGGCCAUGGACUUUCCUCGCUGUGAUCUGCUGAUUAUAAUGGGGACCUCCCUGCAGGUUCAGCCCUUUGCUGCUCUGGUUGGCAGGGUUUCAAACAGCUGCCCCAGACUGCUCAUUAACCUGGAGAAAGCAGGCGGUGCAGAUCCUCUAUUAGGGAUGAUAGGCAUUGGUGGAGGGAUGGACUUUGACUCAGAGAAAGCAUACAGGGACGUGGCUCAUAUUAGUACAUGUGAUGAUGGAUGCUUGGCACUUGCUGACCUACUGGGCUGGAAGGCGGAACUGGAAGAGGUGGUAAAACAGGAGCAUGAGAAGAUUAACAGCAAAGCCAAGGAGGAACAGACCAAUCAGAGCUCUGGAGCUGCUGGGAAGGCGGAGUCAGGGAAGGCAGAGUCAGGGAAGUCUGAGUCAGGGAAGACUAAGGUAGAAUAACCGAUGAGAGACCGGCUGGCUCCAACCCAUCACUAGGCUUCAGUCUGGAAGCAGAGUUGCAUACAGUAACCAGGACUGUGCUCUACUGUCUGUUUUGGAUUUUCUCCCUUUAGUUUGCACUUUACUAACUUCUCUCUCCUCUCCAACCUUUGUUUGACAUAAACCCACCUCCUGACUCCUACUGUGUGUAUUGGUCUGUCUUUUGACAGUUCCCACAGAUGGAGUUUAUAGCAAUACACACUAAAACAAGCAUACUUUUCCUUCUGAGGGAGAGAACUACAGACACUGAGCUGUCAGCAUGCCAACUAGCUAUGUUGAGUCAAUUAGUUUAUGAUUUUAGACGGAAAAGACUUGUGGGGUAACAAAGAUGAUGAAUGGCUGAUUCAUCUGCUGAUGCAGUGACACAACUACUGUAAAUAUAAUGAAAAAAAGUAUUAUUAUAAAUUACUUACUAUUUAUAAUCAAUUAUAAUUAUGGAUUUGUUUUUCAUGACAUUGCUUUCUGUGCUCCUUGGUUCUAUGAAUUGUUUCAAUAUAGUUAUUUUUAACAAUGUAUUUUAAUCUAUUAAGCGUACCUGUGACAUUUUGGUUUCUCUACUUCCUGUGGAUGUUGGCAUUGGAUGGUUUCUAUUUCAGCACGAAUGAUGCGUUAGGAAGUUACCACAGUGGUGUGAGAUGUCGCAGUACGUCUGUGGUGUUGACCAAAUGCAACUAGAUGCUUUCUAAAAGAUUGCGUGUGAUAUAACAAGUAAAAACACAAAAUAAAGUGGCAAAGUCUCCCA